CCUCAUUCCCUGCUAACUGAAUGGCUAGCCCGCUAACUCUUAAGUUAGCCAUGGGCAAAUUAAAAAGCAUUUGUGUCCUGCUGUGGAUAUGUGGGUACAGUGCCCUGGCCACCAUAGAAGAAGGCUAUGCAAGAUCAGUGAGAGAUGCUGCUAUUCUGACCUCUUGUGACUUUAACCAGGAAAGUGCACCCUAUUGUCAGCUCCAGCAGGACGGCAACGACAACAGUGAUUGGACAAGACACCGAGGCCCCACCCCUACACCAGGAACAGGCCCCCCCGGGGACUACCCUGACGGCAAUGGGUUCUACAUCUACCAUGAGUGUGACAAUGUGGCCAACGGGCAGAAGGCUCGUCUUCUCAGCCCGGCCCUCUCCUCCACCUCCACCCAGAUUUGUGUCCAGUUCCACUACUACAUGUACGGCUCAGACAACCAGAACCACCUGCUCGUGCUGGCCAAGAGGCCCACCUCGGAGGACAAAGUCUGGGAGAAGACUGGGAUCCAGAGCCCCUCCUGGCUUGGAGCUGCUGUCACUGUGGCCAAACCAGCAGGACAGACCCUAAAUAUUGUGUUUGAGGCACAGCGUGGAUUGUCUGCUUCUUGUGACUCAGCCCUGGAUAACAUUGUCAUUAGUGAGGGAGCUUGUCCAGCCUGUCUGACUGGUUGUGACUUUGACACCACUGAUGAUCUGUGCAGCUGGGAGGCACGUAAACCAUCACAUCCUGACUUGUUUGGUUGGGAGCAGUGGAUUGGUCAAACUGACACAGACGGAUCUGGUCCUGACGAUGACUUCUCCAAACCAGGCUUGGGCCAAUAUCUGCUGAUGGACUCGUUGUUUCGUGUCGCUGGAGAGAAAGUAGAGCUGUGGAGCCCUCCCACUUCCUCCUCCUCUGGCUGUCUGGACCUUACCUUCCAUUACUACAUGUAUGGCACUGCCACCACCAUGAAGCUCAAUGUCCACGCAGUGACCAGUGGAGGAAGCCUCGGUUCCCCUAUCUUCUCCUUGACAGGGAACCAGGGCCAGGGUUGGAAGCCUGCAGAGAUACGCUACCUUGGCUCAGAUAACAUGCAGUUUGUGAUCGUUGGCAUCUACGGUGAGACCCCUGAGACAGACAUCGCUAUAGACGCUGUGUGCAUCACAGAAUGCACAGCUCCUCCACCAACUACACCAAAACCUCCAACACCGGGACCAACUACAUCAGCACCGGGAACAACUACUCCCAAACCCUCAACCCCCAAGCCUUCUACACCAAAACCAUCAACCACAAAACCACCAGUGACGUGCCCUCCCAAUGCUGAGUAUAUAGAGUGUGGCCCUGCCUGCAUCCCCAGCUGUAAGGAACCCUCCACCAACUGCACUGGCUCCUGUAUCAGCGCGUGUUUCUGUAAGCCAGGCUUUGUGUUCAAAGGCAGACGCUGUGUCCCCAUAGAAACAUGUGGCUGUCUGGAGGGAGGUGACUACUAUGAGCCAGGAGAGAUCAUCUUUGGUGACGGCUGCUCCAAGCUGUGUCGUUGUGCUGGAAACUACAUCUUGGACUGUGUGGACAACUCCUGCUCUCCCACGGAGGAGUGUCGCAACGGAGCCUGCUAUCCUAAAGACACCUCUACCUGUAUCGCGUCUGGUGACCCUCACUACACCACCUUCGACAAGAAGAAGUACAACUUCAUGGGGAACUGCAGCUACCUGAUGUCAGAGCCCUGUAACCACACGUCAGUGCCUCACUACGAGGUGCAUGCUGACAACGAGAACCGCUUCAACAAACCAACCAUCUCCUACCUGAAGGCUGUGCAUGUGUACGUGCGUGGGGUGAAGAUCUCCAUCUUGAAGGGAGGCACCGUGCAGUUGGAUGGUAUCAAUGUGAACAUCCCACUGACCCCAGCUACAGGCGUGUCUGUUUUGAAGUCUGGUAAACACUACACUGUAGCCAUGGACUUUGGUGUGACCGUACGAUAUGACGGAAACCACUAUAUGGACAUCAAGGUCAUCAAGGACUAUAAGGACAAGCUGUGUGGACUGUGUGGAGACUACAACGGAAACUCCAACGAUGACUUCAGGAAACCCGACGGUUCUCUGACCACCAACCCCAAUGACUUUGGACACAGCUGGGUCACAGAUCCCAAUUGCAACAAGAAGCCCAACACCACCAUCCCAGGCUGUACUGAUGAUGAACUGGACAGGUAUGAGAGCUCUGGCUACUGCGGCAUGCUACUGGACAAGAACGGACCGUUCGCUGUCUGUCACCCCAAGGUCAACCCCAAUAGUUUCUUCAAGGACUGUCUGUUUGACCUGUGCGAGCUGGAUGGUGCUCAACCCAUCCUGUGUGAGUCCAUCGAGUCGUACGUCAACGACUGUCAGGACCGAGGAGUCACCAUCGGAACCUGGAGGAACAGCACCUUCUGCCCUCUGACAUGCCCCCCCAACAGUCAGUACGUGCCCUGUGCCGCCCCUUGCCAGCCCACCUGUGCCUCCAGACCCUCCACAGGGUGUGAUGCUCCCUGUUCAGAGGGCUGUGUGUGUGACCCUGGUUACGUCCUCAGCGCCGGGAAGUGUGUCAAAGAGAACUCCUGUGGCUGCAAAGGCACCAACGGACAGUACUACGAGCCUGGUGAGGAGUGGUACCUGGAGGACUGUAAGCUGAAAUGUUAUUGUAACGCUCCCUUCGUCACCUGCAAUCCCUCUGAUUGCCCUCCAAUGCACGAGUGUAAGGUCCAGGGAGGAGAGCUGGACUGCUACCCUACAACCCCAACUACAGUCAAACCAACUACUCCCAUACCAACUACACCUAAACCAACUACUCCCAAACCUACUACCACAAAACCACCAGUGACGUGCCCUCCCAAUGCUGAGUAUAUAGAGUGUGGCCCUGCCUGCAUCCCCAGCUGUAAGGAACCCUCCACCAACUGCACUGGCUCCUGUAUCAGCGCGUGUUUCUGUAAGCCAGGCUUUGUGUUCAAAGGCAGACGCUGUGUCCCCAUAGAAACAUGUGGCUGUCUGGAGGGAGGUGACUACUAUGAGCCAGGAGAGAUCAUCUUUGGUGACGGCUGCUCCAAGCUGUGUCGUUGUGCUGGAAACUACAUCUUGGACUGUGUGGACAACUCCUGCUCUCCCACGGAGGAGUGUCGCAACGGAGCCUGCUAUCCUAAAGACACCUCUACCUGUAUCGCGUCUGGUGACCCUCACUACACCACCUUCGACAAGAAGAAGUACAACUUCAUGGGGAACUGCAGCUACCUGAUGUCAGAGCCCUGUAACCACACGUCAGUGCCUCACUACGAGGUGCAUGCUGACAACGAGAACCGCUUCAACAAACCAACCAUCUCCUACCUGAAGGCUGUGCAUGUGUACGUGCGUGGGGUGAAGAUCUCCAUCUUGAAGGGAGGCACCGUGCAGUUGGAUGGUAUCAAUGUGAACAUCCCACUGACCCCAGCUACAGGCGUGUCUGUUUUGAAGUCUGGUAAACACUACACUGUAGCCAUGGACUUUGGUGUGACUGUACGAUAUGACGGAAACCACUAUAUGGACAUCAAGGUCAUCAAGGACUAUAAGGACAAGCUGUGUGGACUGUGUGGAGACUACAACGGAAACUCCAACGAUGACUUCAGGAAACCCGACGGUUCUCUGACCACCAACCCCAAUGACUUUGGACACAGCUGGGUCACAGAUCCCAAUUGCAACAAGAAGCCCAACACCACCAUCCCAGGCUGUACUGAUGAUGAACUGGACAGGUAUGAGAGCUCUGGCUACUGCGGCAUGCUACUGGACAAGAACGGACCGUUCGCUGUCUGUCACCCCAAGGUCAACCCCAAUAGUUUCUUCAAGGACUGUCUGUUUGACCUGUGCGAGCUGGAUGGUGCUCAACCCAUCCUGUGUGAGUCCAUCGAGUCGUACGUCAACGACUGUCAGGACCGAGGAGUCACCAUCGGAACCUGGAGGAACAGCACCUUCUGCCCUCUGACAUGCCCCCCCAACAGUCAGUACGUGCCCUGUGCCGCCCCUUGCCAGCCCACCUGUGCCUCCAGACCCUCCACAGGGUGUGAUGCUCCCUGUUCAGAGGGCUGUGUGUGUGACCCUGGUUACGUCCUCAGCGCCGGGAAGUGUGUCAAAGAGAACUCCUGUGGCUGCAAAGGCACCAACGGACAGUACUACGAGCCUGGUGAGGAGUGGUACCUGGAGGACUGUAAGCUGAAAUGUUAUUGUAACGCUCCCUUCGUCACCUGCAAUCCCUCUGAUUGCCCUCCAAUGCACGAGUGUAAGGUCCAGGGAGGAGAGCUGGACUGCUACCCUACAACCCCAACUACAGUCAAACCAACUACUCCCAUACCAACUACACCUAAACCAACUACUCCCAAACCUACUACCACAAAACCACCAGUGACGUGCCCUCCCAAUGCUGAGUAUAUAGAGUGUGGCCCUGCCUGCAUCCCCAGCUGUAAGGAACCCUCCACCAACUGCACUGGCUCCUGUAUCAGCGCGUGUUUCUGUAAGCCAGGCUUUGUGUUCAAAGGCAGACGCUGUGUCCCCAUAGAAACAUGUGGCUGUCUGGAGGGAGGUGACUACUAUGAGCCAGGAGAGAUCAUCUUUGGUGACGGCUGCUCCAAGCUGUGUCGUUGUGCUGGAAACUACAUCUUGGACUGUGUGGACAACUCCUGCUCUCCCACAGAGGAGUGUCGCAACGGAGCCUGCUAUCCUAAAGACACCUCUACCUGUAUCGCGUCUGGUGACCCUCACUACACCACCUUCGACAAGAAGAAGUACAACUUCAUGGGGAACUGCAGCUACCUGAUGUCAGAGCCCUGUAACCACACGUCAGUGCCUCACUACGAGGUGCAUGCUGACAACGAGAACCGCUUCAACAAACCAACCAUCUCCUACCUGAAGGCUGUGCAUGUGUACGUGCGUGGGGUGAAGAUCUCCAUCUUGAAGGGAGGCACCGUGCAGUUGGAUGGUAUCAAUGUGAACAUCCCACUGACCCCAGCUACAGGCGUGUCUGUUUUGAAGUCUGGUAAACACUACACUGUAGCCAUGGACUUUGGUGUGACCGUACGAUAUGACGGAAACCACUAUAUGGACAUCAAGGUCAUCAAGGACUAUAAGGACAAGCUGUGUGGACUGUGUGGAGACUACAACGGAAACUCCAACGAUGACUUCAGGAAACCCGACGGUUCUCUGACCACCAACCCCAAUGACUUUGGACACAGCUGGGUCACAGAUCCCAAUUGUAACAAGAAGCCCAACACCACCAUCCCAGGCUGUACUGAUGAUGAACUGGACAGGUAUGAGAGCUCUGGCUACUGCGGCAUGCUACUGGACAAGAACGGACCGUUCGCUGUCUGUCACCCCAAGGUCAACCCCAAUAGUUUCUUCAAGGACUGUCUGUUUGACCUGUGCGAGCUGGAUGGUGCUCAACCCAUCCUGUGUGAGUCCAUCGAGUCGUACGUCAACGACUGUCAGGACCGAGGAGUCACCAUCGGAACCUGGAGGAACAGCACCUUCUGCCCUCUGACAUGCCCCCCCAACAGUCAGUACGUGCCCUGUGCCGCCCCUUGCCAGCCCACCUGUGCCUCCAGACCCUCCACAGGGUGUGAUGCUCCCUGUUCAGAGGGCUGUGUGUGUGACCCUGGUUACGUCCUCAGCGCCGGGAAGUGUGUCAAAGAGAACUCCUGUGGCUGCAAAGGCACCAACGGACAGUACUACGAGCCUGGUGAGGAGUGGUACCUGGAGGACUGUAAGCUGAAAUGUUAUUGUAACGCUCCCUUCGUCACCUGCAAUCCCUCUGAUUGCCCUCCAAUGCACGAGUGUAAGGUCCAGGGAGGAGAGCUGGACUGCUACCCUACAACCCCAACUACAGUCAAACCAACUACUCCCAUACCAACUACACCUAAACCAACUACUCCCAAACCUACUACCACAAAACCACCAGUGACGUGCCCUCCCAAUGCUGAGUAUAUAGAGUGUGGCCCUGCCUGCAUCCCCAGCUGUAAGGAACCCUCCACCAACUGCACUGGCUCCUGUAUCAGCGCGUGUUUCUGUAAGCCAGGCUUUGUGUUCAAAGGCAGACGCUGUGUCCCCAUAGAAACAUGUGGCUGUCUGGAGGGAGGUGACUACUAUGAGCCAGGAGAGAUCAUCUUUGGUGACGGCUGCUCCAAGCUGUGUCGUUGUGCUGGAAACUACAUCUUGGACUGUGUGGACAACUCCUGCUCUCCCACGGAGGAGUGUCGCAACGGAGCCUGCUAUCCUAAAGACACCUCUACCUGUAUCGCGUCUGGUGACCCUCACUACACCACCUUCGACAAGAAGAAGUACAACUUCAUGGGGAACUGCAGCUACCUGAUGUCAGAGCCCUGUAACCACACGUCAGUGCCUCACUACGAGGUGCAUGCUGACAACGAGAACCGCUUCAACAAACCAACCAUCUCCUACCUGAAGGCUGUGCAUGUGUACGUGCGUGGGGUGAAGAUCUCCAUCUUGAAGGGAGGCACCGUGCAGUUGGAUGGUAUCAAUGUGAACAUCCCACUGACCCCAGCUACAGGCGUGUCUGUUUUGAAGUCUGGUAAACACUACACUGUAGCCAUGGACUUUGGUGUGACCGUACGAUAUGACGGAAACCACUAUAUGGACAUCAAGGUCAUCAAGGACUAUAAGGACAAGCUGUGUGGACUGUGUGGAGACUACAACGGAAACUCCAACGAUGACUUCAGGAAACCCGACGGUUCUCUGACCACCAACCCCAAUGACUUUGGACACAGCUGGGUCACAGAUCCCAAUUGCAACAAGAAGCCCAACACCACCAUCCCAGGCUGUACUGAUGAUGAACUGGACAGGUAUGAGAGCUCUGGCUACUGCGGCAUGCUACUGGACAAGAACGGACCGUUCGCUGUCUGUCACCCCAAGGUCAACCCCAAUAGUUUCUUCAAGGACUGUCUGUUUGACCUGUGCGAGCUGGAUGGUGCUCAACCCAUCCUGUGUGAGUCCAUCGAGUCGUACGUCAACGACUGUCAGGACCGAGGAGUCACCAUCGGAACCUGGAGGAACAGCACCUUCUGCCCUCUGACAUGCCCCCCCAACAGUCAGUACGUGCCCUGUGCCGCCCCUUGCCAGCCCACCUGUGCCUCCAGACCCUCCACAGGGUGUGAUGCUCCCUGUUCAGAGGGCUGUGUGUGUGACCCUGGUUACGUCCUCAGCGCCGGGAAGUGUGUCAAAGAGAACUCCUGUGGCUGCAAAGGCACCAACGGACAGUACUACGAGCCUGGUGAGGAGUGGUACCUGGAGGACUGUAAGCUGAAAUGUUAUUGUAACGCUCCCUUCGUCACCUGCAAUCCCUCUGAUUGCCCUCCAAUGCACGAGUGUAAGGUCCAGGGAGGAGAGCUGGACUGCUACCCUACAACCCCAACUACAGUCAAACCAACUACUCCCAUACCAACUACACCUAAACCAACUACUCCCAAACCUACUACCACAAAACCACCAGUGACGUGCCCUCCCAAUGCUGAGUAUAUAGAGUGUGGCCCUGCCUGCAUCCCCAGCUGUAAGGAACCCUCCACCAACUGCACUGGCUCCUGUAUCAGCGCGUGUUUCUGUAAGCCAGGCUUUGUGUUCAAAGGCAGACGCUGUGUCCCCAUAGAAACAUGUGGCUGUCUGGAGGGAGGUGACUACUAUGAGCCAGGAGAGAUCAUCUUUGGUGACGGCUGCUCCAAGCUGUGUCGUUGUGCUGGAAACUACAUCUUGGACUGUGUGGACAACUCCUGCUCUCCCACAGAGGAGUGUCGCAACGGAGCCUGCUAUCCUAAAGACACCUCUACCUGUAUCGCGUCUGGUGACCCUCACUACACCACCUUCGACAAGAAGAAGUACAACUUCAUGGGGAACUGCAGCUACCUGAUGUCAGAGCCCUGUAACCACACGUCAGUGCCUCACUACGAGGUGCAUGCUGACAACGAGAACCGCUUCAACAAACCAACCAUCUCCUACCUGAAGGCUGUGCAUGUGUACGUGCGUGGGGUGAAGAUCUCCAUCUUGAAGGGAGGCACCGUGCAGUUGGAUGGUAUCAAUGUGAACAUCCCACUGACCCCAGCUACAGGCGUGUCUGUUUUGAAGUCUGGUAAACACUACACUGUAGCCAUGGACUUUGGUGUGACCGUACGAUAUGACGGAAACCACUAUAUGGACAUCAAGGUCAUCAAGGACUAUAAGGACAAGCUGUGUGGACUGUGUGGAGACUACAACGGAAACUCCAACGAUGACUUCAGGAAACCUGACGGUUCUCUGACCACCAACCCCAAUGACUUUGGACACAGCUGGGUCACAGAUCCCAAUUGCAACAAGAAGCCCAACACCACCAUCCCAGGCUGUACUAAUGAUGAACUGGACAGGUAUGAGAGCUCUGGCUACUGCGGCAUGCUACUGGACAAGAACGGACCGUUCGCUGUCUGUCACCCCAAGGUCAACCCCAAUAGUUUCUUCAAGGACUGUCUGUUUGACCUGUGCGAGCUGGAUGGUGCUCAACCCAUCCUGUGUGAGUCCAUCGAGUCGUACGUCAACGACUGUCAGGACCGAGGAGUCACCAUCGGAACCUGGAGGAACAGCACCUUCUGCCCUCUGACAUGCCCCCCCAACAGUCAGUACGUGCCCUGUGCCGCCCCUUGCCAGCCCACCUGUGCCUCCAGACCCUCCACAGGGUGUGAUGCUCCCUGUUCAGAGGGCUGUGUGUGUGACCCUGGUUACGUCCUCAGCGCCGGGAAGUGUGUCAAAGAGAACUCCUGUGGCUGCAAAGGCACCAACGGACAGUACUACGAGCCUGGUGAGGAGUGGUACCUGGAGGACUGUAAGCUGAAAUGUUAUUGUAACGCUCCCUUCGUCACCUGCAAUCCCUCUGAUUGCCCUCCAAUGCACGAGUGUAAGGUCCAGGGAGGAGAGCUGGACUGCUACCCUACAACCCCAACUACAGUCAAACCAACUACUCCCAUACCAACUACACCUAAACCAACUACUCCCAAACCUACUACCACAAAACCACCAGUGACGUGCCCUCCCAAUGCUGAGUAUAUAGAGUGUGGCCCUGCCUGCAUCCCCAGCUGUAAGGAACCCUCCACCAACUGCACUGGCUCCUGUAUCAGCGCGUGUUUCUGUAAGCCAGGCUUUGUGUUCAAAGGCAGACGCUGUGUCCCCAUAGAAACAUGUGGCUGUCUGGAGGGAGGUGACUACUAUGAGCCAGGAGAGAUCAUCUUUGGUGACGGCUGCUCCAAGCUGUGUCGUUGUGCUGGAAACUACAUCUUGGACUGUGUGGACAACUCCUGCUCUCCCACAGAGGAGUGUCGCAACGGAGCCUGCUAUCCUAAAGACACCUCUACCUGUAUCGCGUCUGGUGACCCUCACUACACCACCUUCGACAAGAAGAAGUACAACUUCAUGGGGAACUGCAGCUACCUGAUGUCAGAGCCCUGUAACCACACGUCAGUGCCUCACUACGAGGUGCAUGCUGACAACGAGAACCGCUUCAACAAACCAACCAUCUCCUACCUGAAGGCUGUGCAUGUGUACGUGCGUGGGGUGAAGAUCUCCAUCUUGAAGGGAGGCACCGUGCAGUUGGAUGGUAUCAAUGUGAACAUCCCACUGACCCCAGCUACAGGCGUGUCUGUUUUGAAGUCUGGUAAACACUACACUGUAGCCAUGGACUUUGGUGUGACCGUACGAUAUGACGGAAACCACUAUAUGGACAUCAAGGUCAUCAAGGACUAUAAGGACAAGCUGUGUGGACUGUGUGGAGACUACAACGGAAACUCCAACGAUGACUUCAGGAAACCUGACGGUUCUCUGACCACCAACCCCAAUGACUUUGGACACAGCUGGGUCACAGAUCCCAAUUGUAACAAGAAGCCUAACACCACCAUCCCAGGCUGUACUGAUGAUGAACUGGACAGGUAUGAGAGCUCUGGCUACUGCGGCAUGCUACUGGACAAGAACGGACCGUUCGCUGUCUGUCACCCCAAGGUCAACCCCAAUAGUUUCUUCAAGGACUGUCUGUUUGACCUGUGCGAGCUGGAUGGUGCUCAACCCAUCCUGUGUGAGUCCAUCGAGUCGUACGUCAACGACUGUCAGGACCGAGGAGUCACCAUCGGAACCUGGAGGAACAGCACCUUCUGCCCUCUGACAUGCCCCCCCAACAGUCAGUACGUGCCCUGUGCCGCCCCUUGCCAGCCCACCUGUGCCUCCAGACCCUCCACAGGGUGUGAUGCUCCCUGUUCAGAGGGCUGUGUGUGUGACCCUGGUUACGUCCUCAGCGCCGGGAAGUGUGUCAAAGAGAACUCCUGUGGCUGCAAAGGCACCAACGGACAGUACUACGAGCCUGGUGAGGAGUGGUACCUGGAGGACUGUAAGCUGAAAUGUUAUUGUAACGCUCCCUUCGUCACCUGCAAUCCCUCUGAUUGCCCUCCAAUGCACGAGUGUAAGGUCCAGGGAGGAGAGCUGGACUGCUACCCUACAACCCCAACUACAGUCAAACCAACUACUCCCAUACCAACUACACCUAAACCAACUACUCCCAAACCUACUACCACAAAACCACCAGUGACGUGCCCUCCCAAUGCUGAGUAUAUAGAGUGUGGCCCUGCCUGCAUCCCCAGCUGUAAGGAACCCUCCACCAACUGCACUGGCUCCUGUAUCAGCGCGUGUUUCUGUAAGCCAGGCUUUGUGUUCAAAGGCAGACGCUGUGUCCCCAUAGAAACAUGUGGCUGUCUGGAGGGAGGUGACUACUAUGAGCCAGGAGAGAUCAUCUUUGGUGACGGCUGCUCCAAGCUGUGUCGUUGUGCUGGAAACUACAUCUUGGACUGUGUGGACAACUCCUGCUCUCCCACGGAGGAGUGUCGCAACGGAGCCUGCUAUCCUAAAGACACCUCUACCUGUAUCGCGUCUGGUGACCCUCACUACACCACCUUCGACAAGAAGAAGUACAACUUCAUGGGGAACUGCAGCUACCUGAUGUCAGAGCCCUGUAACCACACGUCAGUGCCUCACUACGAGGUGCAUGCUGACAACGAGAACCGCUUCAACAAACCAACCAUCUCCUACCUGAAGGCUGUGCAUGUGUACGUGCGUGGGGUGAAGAUCUCCAUCUUGAAGGGAGGCACCGUGCAGUUGGAUGGUAUCAAUGUGAACAUCCCACUGACCCCAGCUACAGGCGUGUCUGUUUUGAAGUCUGGUAAACACUACACUGUAGCCAUGGACUUUGGUGUGACCGUACGAUAUGACGGAAACCACUAUAUGGACAUCAAGGUCAUCAAGGACUAUAAGGACAAGCUGUGUGGACUGUGUGGAGACUACAACGGAAACUCCAACGAUGACUUCAGGAAACCCGACGGUUCUCUGACCACCAACCCCAAUGACUUUGGACACAGCUGGGUCACAGAUCCCAAUUGUAACAAGAAGCCCAACACCACCAUCCCAGGCUGUACUGAUGAUGAACUGGACAGGUAUGAGAGCUCUGGCUACUGCGGCAUGCUACUGGACAAGAACGGACCGUUCGCUGUCUGUCACCCCAAGGUCAACCCCAAUAGUUUCUUCAAGGACUGUCUGUUUGACCUGUGCGAGCUGGAUGGUGCUCAACCCAUCCUGUGUGAGUCCAUCGAGUCGUACGUCAACGACUGUCAGGACCGAGGAGUCACCAUCGGAACCUGGAGGAACAGCACCUUCUGCCCUCUGACAUGCCCCCCCAACAGUCAGUACGUGCCCUGUGCCGCCCCUUGCCAGCCCACCUGUGCCUCCAGACCCUCCACAGGGUGUGAUGCUCCCUGUUCAGAGGGCUGUGUGUGUGACCCUGGUUACGUCCUCAGCGCCGGGAAGUGUGUCAAAGAGAACUCCUGUGGCUGCAAAGGCACCAACGGACAGUACUACGAGCCUGGUGAGGAGUGGUACCUGGAGGACUGUAAGCUGAAAUGUUAUUGUAACGCUCCCUUCGUCACCUGCAAUCCCUCUGAUUGCCCUCCAAUGCACGAGUGUAAGGUCCAGGGAGGAGAGCUGGACUGCUACCCUACAACCUCAACUACAGUCAAACCAACUACUCCCAUACCAACUACACCUAAACCAACUACUCCCAAACCUACUACCACAAAACCACCAGUGACGUGCCCUCCCAAUGCUGAGUAUAUAGAGUGUGGCCCUGCCUGCAUCCCCAGCUGUAAGGAACCCUCCACCAACUGCACUGGCUCCUGUAUCAGCGCGUGUUUCUGUAAGCCAGGCUUUGUGUUCAAAGGCAGACGCUGUGUCCCCAUAGAAACAUGUGGCUGUCUGGAGGGAGGUGACUACUAUGAGCCAGGAGAGAUCAUCUUUGGUGACGGCUGCUCCAAGCUGUGUCGUUGUGCUGGAAACUACAUCUUGGACUGUGUGGACAACUCCUGCUCUCCCACAGAGGAGUGUCGCAACGGAGCCUGCUAUCCUAAAGACACCUCUACCUGUAUCGCGUCUGGUGACCCUCACUACACCACCUUCGACAAGAAGAAGUACAACUUCAUGGGGAACUGCAGCUACCUGAUGUCAGAGCCCUGUAACCACACGUCAGUGCCUCACUACGAGGUGCAUGCUGACAACGAGAACCGCUUCAACAAACCAACCAUCUCCUACCUGAAGGCUGUGCAUGUGUACGUGCGUGGGGUGAAGAUCUCCAUCUUGAAGGGAGGCACCGUGCAGUUGGAUGGUAUCAAUGUGAACAUCCCACUGACCCCAGCUACAGGCGUGUCUGUUUUGAAGUCUGGUAAACACUACACUGUAGCCAUGGACUUUGGUGUGACCGUACGAUAUGACGGAAACCACUAUAUGGACAUCAAGGUCAUCAAGGACUAUAAGGACAAGCUGUGUGGACUGUGUGGAGACUACAACGGAAACUCCAACGAUGACUUCAGGAAACCCGACGGUUCUCUGACCACCAACCCCAAUGACUUUGGACACAGCUGGGUCACAGAUCCCAAUUGUAACAAGAAGCCCAACACCACCAUCCCAGGCUGUACUGAUGAUGAACUGGACAGGUAUGAGAGCUCUGGCUACUGCGGCUUGCUACUGGACAAGAACGGACCGUUCGCUGUCUGUCACCCCAAGGUCAACCCCAAUAGUUUCUUCAAGGACUGUCUGUUUGACCUGUGCGAGCUGGAUGGUGCUCAACCCAUCCUGUGUGAGUCCAUCGAGUCGUACGUCAACGACUGUCAGGACCGAGGAGUCACCAUCGGAACCUGGAGGAACAGCACCUUCUGCCCUCUGACAUGCCCCCCCAACAGUCAGUACGUGCCCUGUGCCGCCCCUUGCCAGCCCAGCUGUGCCUCCAGACCCUCCACAGGGUGUGAUGCUCCCUGUUCAGAGGGCUGUGUGUGUGACCCUGGUUACGUCCUCAGCGCCGGGAAGUGUGUCAAAGAGAACUCCUGUGGCUGCAAAGGCACCAACGGACAGUACUACGAGCCUGGUGAGGAGUGGUACCUGGAGGACUGUAAGCUGAAAUGUUAUUGUAACGCUCCCUUCGUCACCUGCAAUCCCUCUGAUUGCCCUCCAAUGCACGAGUGUAAGGUCCAGGGAGGAGAGCUGGACUGCUACCCUACAAGUUCCCAGGACUGUGUGAUCUCUGGAGACCCCCACUACAAUACAUUUGAUGAUAGGUUCUACAGCUUCAUGGGGACCUGCACCUACACCCUGGCCAGGACCUGCAAGAACAACACAGGUCCCUGGUUCUCUGUGGAGGGUAAGAACGAGGAGCGUGGUCUGGCUGGAGUGUCCUACCUGAAAAAGCUCUACGUCACUGUCGAUGGAAUCACUGUCACACUAAUGAAGAGCAGGAAGACUCUGGUGAAUGGAAAGCGAGUGUCCCUCCCUCACUCCCCCUCUCCGCUCAUCUCUCUAUCGCUGGCGGGUCAGUACGUCACGCUGCAGACUCCGUUCGGCCUCAAGGUGCGCUGGGACGGAAACCACUACGCCCAGAUCUCAGUGCCCAGCUCCUACUCUGACAAGAUGUGUGGUCUGUGCGGCGACUACGACGGUAACCCUAACAACGACUUCACCAAGCCGGACGGAUCCCAGGUCACCACCUCCAAGGACUUUGGAAACAGCUGGAAGACCGAGGAAGAUGAGGAUGUCACAUGCAAACCCGACACCGACUCAGAUCCACACUGUGAUCCCUCACUAGAGGCAGAGGUUUCCAAACCUGAGAACUGUGGGAAAUUAACCGACACCAAAGGACCCUUCAGGGAGUGCAUAGCGUCGGUGGACCCUAGUCCGUUCUUCCAGAGCUGUGUGUAUGACAUGUGUCGCUUCGUGGGCCAACAGCAGAUGCUGUGUGACCAGCUUCAGGUGUAUACCGACGCCUGCCUGAGCGCAGGGAUCAAGGUCCACCCCUGGAGGGAGCCAGAUUUCUGCCCCCUGGCCUGUCCUCCCAACAGUUCUUACUCCAUGUGUGUGAGCUCCUGUCCAGAGACAUGUCUGGGUGUCAGCGGCCCCCCUGGUUGCUCCGAGGUGUGUGUGGAGGGGUGUGAGUGUAACCGUGGCUUUAUCCUCAGUGACGACAAGUGUGUUCCUGUUAAAGACUGUGGCUGUGUCGACUCCUCUGGAGACUACCAUCCUGUGGGGGACGCCUGGUACCUGGAGGGCUGUAAGGAGAAGUGUGUGUGUCUGGGUGGAGGGGUGCUACAGUGUCACAACACCACCUGUACCCCGGCAGAGAGCUGCGGCCUGCAGGAUGGGGAGUUAGGAUGUUACCCACUGGAAACAGGUAUCUGCACUGUACAGGGCGACCCUCACUACACCUCUUUCGAUAAAAAGGUGCAUAACUUCAUGGGUUCCUGUUCCUACACUCUCACCAAGCCGUGCAAUGAGUCCUCCGGCUUGCCGUACUUCACCGUCGACACGCAGAACGAACACCGAGGCAGCAACAAGAAGGUGUCGUACGUCCGAGCCGUCGUGGUCAAGGUCUCCGGGAUGACUGUCAUCUUGGGAAAGGGACGCAAAAUACAGGUCAACGGUACCCUGGUGACCCCUCCCGUGACUCUGACCAAUGGGGUGAAGGUCUACCUGAGCGGGAAGUUCGUUGUGUUGGAGACGACCUUUGGCCUGCGGGUGAGGUUCGAUGGUAACCACCACGCUGACGUCACUCUGCCCUCCUUCUACAACCAACUGCUCUGUGGACUUUGUGGAAACUUCAAUGACCAACCUGGUGAUGACAACAUCAAGCCAGAUGGUAAACCAGCCAUCAACACCAACGAACUGGGAGAGAGCUGGCAGGUACCCGACGAUCGCCCCGACUGCACCCACGGUGGAGGAGAGGAGGAGUGUGAUCCCAAGGUGGAGGCAGAGGCUGUGAAACCUACCAGCUGUGGGAUGAUCAGGGACCCUAACGGUAUCUUCAAGCCGUGCCACGCGGUGGUUCCCCCCAACAUCUACCAGGAGAACUGUGUGUAUGACCAGUGUGCUACAGGAGGGGAGACGGUGGCUCUGUGCCAGGCUAUAGAGAGUUACGCUGACCUGUGUGCCUUGGCUGGAGUACCCAUCGCAUGGAGGAACAACACCUUCUGUCCUCUGAAGUGUCUCCCAGGCAGCCACUACGAGCCCUGUGGUAGCGCCUGUCCCUCCAGCUGUCAGAACCCUACUUUCAACUCCACCUGUAACCAGCCCUGUGUAGAGGGGUGUGUGUGUGACCUCGGACUGCUCCUCAGCGGAGACAAGUGUGUCCCACCCAGCCAGUGUGGCUGCACCGACGAGGAUAACAACUAUAGACCUGUGGGAGACAGUUGGUUCACUGAGCUGGACUGUUCGGAGCGUUGUAGGUGUAACCGUGGCAGCAACAUGACCUGUGAGCCAUGGCAGUGUAGCCCCGCCCAGGAGUGUAAGGUGUUGGAGGGAGAGCUGGGAUGUUUCUCAACAGGUUUGGCUGUGUGUCAUGUGUCUGGAGAUCCUCACUACUACACCUUCGACGCUGUCAUGCACACCUUUAUGGGUACCUGUACCUACACCCUGGUAGAGGUGUGUAACUCCACCAAGGUAACUCCAUUCACCAUCGUGGCGAAGAAUGAGGAGCGCGGCCAACCAGAGGCGUCUUACGUGCACUCUGUUACAGUCUACCUUCCCAACGCCAACAUCACGCUACAGAAGAGCCGCAGAGUUCUGUUGAACGGGCACAGGGUGCGUACUCCUCUGUCCAUCGAUGUGGCCGGGGCCAGGGUCUUGAGUAGUGGUGUCUACAUUCUACUGGACACUAACUUUGGCCUGAAGGUGAAGUUUGAUGGAGUCCAUCACCUGGAGAUCAUCGUCCCUGGAGAGUACUUCAACAAGGUGUGUGGUAUGUGUGGUAACUUCAACAUGAACACGUCUGAUGACAACCUGAAACCAGAUGGAAAUCCGGCCAAGGACGUGAUGGAACUGGGCAACAGCUGGAAGUCAGAGGGAGACUCAGACCCAGGGUGCUCGCCAGAUGAGCGUCCCAGCAUCCACCCCAACUGCACGACAGAAGAAGAGAACCAGUACGAGACCCUGUGUUCUUCUGUUGUCCUCGGAGACAAGUUCAAGCCCUGCCACUCUUUACUGUCCCCAGAGGCUUUCCUAGGGAACUGUGUGUAUGACAUGUGUGAAUACGACGGCAUGCAGGCCACACUGUGUGAUAACGUGGAAGCAUAUGCCCAAGCCUGUCAGUCAGCCGGGGUCACCAUCAGCUGGAGGAACAAUACAUUCUGUCCCCUGCCGUGCCCCCCCAAUAGCCACUAUUCUGACUGCACGGCCCCCUGCCCCCCCACCUGCUCUGACCUGUUCCCCACGCUCUGCCACCUGCCCUCUACCACCUGCGUCGAGGGGUGCCAGUGUGACGCAGGGUUUGUCCUCAGUGAUGUGCAGUGUGUUCCUCUGGCCAAGUGUGGCUGUGUGGACAAAGUGGGAGAGUACCAUGAUGUGGGUGACUCGUGGUUGACUGACCACUGUGAUGGCCAGUGUACCUGUAACCUGGGAGGCUCCAUAACCUGCUCAGAUGUUAAAUGUCCCGACAAUUCUGUCUGCAUUCUGGACAAAUAUGGAGAACUCUACUGCAAACCUGAGAAGUUCAACAGGUGCAAUAUCCACGGUGACCCCCACUACCGUACGUUCGAUGGGCUCACCCACCACUUCCAGGGCCCCUACACCUACACCCUGACCCAGGGUCACGACCUCCCCAGCUCACUGGUCGAUCUGCAGGUACGGGGGAAGAAUGUCCGUCGUGGUGGCAGCAGGAAGGUCUCCUACCUGGAUGAGGUGUAUGUCGAUGUCUACGGAGUCAGCAUCCGCUUCCUGCAGAAGAAAGUAGUACUGGUGAACGGUGAGCGUGUGGCUCCUCCUCUCAGUCCUAGAGGCGGCCUGACCAUCACGAUAAACUCGAAGAACGUCCAGCUGGUCGCCGACUUCGGCAUGACCGUACGCUUCGACGGCAAGCAGCACGGAGAGGUGAUCCUACCCAGUACGUACAGAGACAGGGUGAGGGGUCUGUGUGGGAACUAUGAUGGGGUCUCCAGGAAUGAGUACAUGAAACCAGAUGGAACCGUGACGCGGAACCUUGAAGAGUUUGGAAGUAGCUGGAGGGUGACUGACAGGCAGGAGGCGGAGCAAGUGACAUCAGAACUCCCCAAGAUGGUGCACCUGCACAGGCGUGAUGUGGAGACCGACCCAGAGACAGGCUUUGAGACAGCAGGUUGUACUGACGCUCAGCUGGCUGAGUUCAAGGGUAUUAAACAGUGUGGAGCCAUAUCAGACCCUACAGGACACUUCGCUGCCUGCCAUGCAUCACUACUGCCCCACAGCUUCCAGCAGGACUGUUUGUUUGACCUGUGUGCGGAUCAGGAAACCGACUCCCUGCGUUGUGACAGUUAUGAGGUGUACGCCCUGGCCUGCCAAGAGGCUGGAGUUAAACUGGGCAACUGGAGACAACAGCUGGGCUGUGUCCUGAGCUGUGUAGCCAACAGUGCCUACUCUGAGUGUAUGACCCCUUGCCCUGCCUCCUGCGCUGAUCUGGCCGCGCCCUCCGAGUGUGACUUCACUGCCUGUGUUGAGGGGUGCCAGUGUUCCCCAGGAUUCACCAUGAGCGGAGGCAUCUGUGUUCCCUACAGCGAGUGUGGCUGCACCUACCUGGAUAGAUACUACCCUCUUAAAGAGAGGUUUGUGACAGAGGACUGUGCCCUGUCCUGUGAGAGUACGCCCUCGGGCGCCGUGUGCCAACCUAAAGGCUGUUCCGACACACACGUCUGUACUAUCUUCAACUUCACACGUGACUGCUACAAAAAGAGCCCGUGUCUGAGUGACCCCUGUCUGAACAACGGUACAUGCUCUGAGAUUACAGUAGAUGUAUUCAGCUGUCAGUGUCCAGAGGGUUUUGAGGGCAACCUGUGUGAGAUUGAGAAGACGGAUACCAGCGGAGGCCUGGAUAAGAACACAAUCAUAUUCAUCGCAGUCCUGGUGCCUCUGGGAAUCAUCAUCAUAGCACUGAUCUGUGUGUUAUGCUACAAAUGCUGUAGAAAGAACAAAGAAAAUAAGUAUUAUUGUGACAGCACCGAUUCAAAACAUGGGAAGCCAGCGAAAGAGAAAAGCAGGAGAAAAACACCUGCCCCACCUAUUCAGCUCAUUUAUUGCAGAGGCAAGUGAAACUUGUGUUGAUGUGUUAUAAUUUUAAAACUUUAAACCCACUGAAAUGAUACAAACAAGUUUUGCAUUUUUUUGUCAUUUAGUAGACGCUCUUAUCCAGAGAAACUUACAGAGAAACAUUUUAUUACUUUUAUCGUACUGGUCCUCCAUGGGAAUCGAACCCACAUCCCUGGCGUUGCAAGCUACCAACUGAGCCACACGGGACCAUACUAACCUUAACCUAACCCUUGUUCCUAAAUUUAAACCUUCAUUCAUUUUCACCCCUAUGCCUAAACUUAAAGAGGCAUGAAAACAACCUAGUUCUUUUUUUUUUAAACCUCCCGUUUCAGACUCGACGUGGCUCAUACAUGAUAAUAAACCCCCUGCUGUCCUCUCCCAGCGGAAAAAGGCACAGAGUCCUUACAUUCUAACCUGGCAUCAUUUAGUGGAGGAGAUACACGCUAGCCUCGUGUGCACUCUGAAGCGAGUGGGAUUGCCUGUGUCCAUGCGCUAACCAUUAAUUAUUUUGAUAACAGGGAAAAUACAUUGAAUACAUCGAUCAAAACCAU